AUGGCAAACCCAGAACAUGAGGCUGUUAAAUCAUAUCUUUUUAAACGGUUUGAUUUACCCAAUAAUGGUGUGGACGUUGAUCCGCCGAUAGAAGUUUAUGAUCAUUUUAAUCCAACUGGCUAUGGUAAUAAAAUUGCACCGGAUGUCGCGAUCUGUCCAAGCGAAGUACACGUUCCACGGCCAUCAAUUCCUCACCCUGGUCCUCCCCCUAGCAACGCUAAGUUAUGGACGCGCCAGGCACUGGCUGAAAGUGUACUAUCAACCAACCUAACUUUAGCGGGAGCAGGAGUACAUGUUAAAACGUGGGAUUUUGGUACCUUGCGAUAUGGUACGUUUACACCAACCAAUUGCAUUAGUGCAAAUCUUCCUGCAUACCAAGUAACUAUUCCAGUAUUGGAUAUUUUUUGGAACCCUCCCAUUAUGAACGGAGUUGUAAAUGAAGUGGAUUAUAUUCCAACAGUUCCUCAUGGUGUUGUUGGCAAUAAUUUUCUCAUAGAUUUAUAUAGCAUUCAACGCUGGGUUUUUAAAACACAAACUUGA